UUCCCAGUCUAGCUGGUCACUCCCACUGGUUGGUCCUUGCUCUUGGAAGGGUGCCUCGGGAAGGCAAGAUGCUCUAACUACGCUUUGCAUGCACACGUCUUCGUCUUUGGACGCCGAUCCACUGUACUGCUACUUGUACUGCUAGCACGACAGGAGCACCACCGUCCGGCCAGUAGAGGAGGAGGCACUUCCCCGACGCCGAUCCUCUAGCCCAGUCCAUCCUCGCCGCGGCGGCAUGUUCAGCGUGCACUCGCCCCGACCCCUGAGGGGUUGCGGCGGCGCCGGCGAGGGGGCGGACAGUGGCAGGGAGCUCCGCCGCGAGAGCGCCAGGAGGAAGAGGGGGGAGCAGGAGCGGCUCGACGCCGAGGAGGCCGACUACCGCCGUUCCUGGGAGCAAGGCAAUGAACUCUUCUACAGCAGAAAAUAUCAGGAAGCAGCAGCUCACUAUACUGAAGCUCUGAAAAAGAAUCCGAAUGAACCUGCAGUUCUCAGAAACAGAGCUCAGUGUCACAUCUUUCUGGGAGCUCUGCCUGAAGGUCCGGAAGACGCAGAAAAAUGUAUUGAGCUGGAUCCUACUUAUCUGAUGGGUUAUGUGUGUAAAGCGAAGGUUCAAGCCCUGAUGCAGAAUUAUGAAAGUGCUAUGGCAACAUACAUAGAGGGUUUGAAGUGUGAUCCAAACAGUACUAUUGUAAUUGAUGGCUUUAAGAGAUGUAUGACAUGCAUUGAGAAGUCUAAAGACGGUGACGUUGGGCCUGAGGAUUUAGAAGACAUUUUGAGAGAUUGGCAUUCAGACAUUUAUUUAUCUAAUGAACUUAAAAAGUACAUGGAAGAAGUUGCAGUAUUCAAGAAAGAAGCUUCUGAUGAGCGCUUGAGGCGGAUUGAAUCUGAACAAACAGCCAGGACAUCAGAGGCAAAUCAGGUGCAACGACAGAAAGAUGCCAAGGAGCAUCUUUCCAAAAUACAACAAGAGUUGCAACAAUUUAAAGCACGACAGGAUGAGGUUGCUAAUGAGCUACAGAAAGCUAAUAAGCAUAAUGAACAUGCUCAAAAUCAGCUUUUGGAAUCAAAAAAGUUCCAUAGUGAGGAACUUCAGAAGGCCAAUGAGCGGUAUAAUCAGCUUCAGUCCAAGCUUGACGUCUUGCUAAAGGAGUCCGAGACUGCACUCAAAGAGGUAGAAAAGUUACGCCGGAGAAGUACGGUGAUGCCCUGCCAGUUUUCAUUAGCUGAACUAGAACGUGCAACAGAAAAUUUCAGUACUUCAAUGAAGUUCAGAGAAUGUGGGGUUGCCUCUGUGUACCGAGGUGUCCUUUGGAAGAUGAAAGUUGCAAUAAAAGUGCUGAGACACGAUGGUCAAGGACGUUCACAGUUUGAACAAGAGGUUGCUAUCCAUAGUAGAGUGAGACACCCCAACCUUGUAAUUCUUCUAGGAGCAUGCAAAGAGUCAUCGACGCUUGUCUACGAGUCCUUGCCAAAUGGUAGCCUUGAAGAUUUUCUUUCAUGUGAGGGUAAGAGGCAAACUCUGACCUGGCAGAUUCGCAUCCGUAUUAUUGCAGAGAUAUGUUCAGCUUUGAUCUUUCUGCACGAGAACAAACCUGACCCAAUUGUUCAUGGCGAUCUUCAGCCUGCCAACAUUCUCCUUGAUGCUAACUUUGUCAGUAAGCUUAGUGAUUUUGGCAUUUCCCAUCUGCCAAUCCAGUCCAACAGCAAAAGCACCAAGCAUCCCGUGGAUGACACUACAUACAAGGACCCAGAAUGUCUUGCCACUCAGAAGAUGACACCUCACUCUGAUGCUUAUUCUUUUGGAAUGGUAGUCUUGCGUCUUUUAACUGGAAAGCCACCUGUCGGUAUAAAGAAGAUUGUGGAGGAUGCGAUGCAGCAAGGUGACCUUAACUCUAUAGUUGAUUCCUCGGCCGGUGACUGGCCUGUUGGGCAUAUCCAGCAGUUAGCAGACCUUGCUCUCAUUUGCACUGAGCAAAGCAGCAGGUCUCGUCCUGUUCUUUCAGGCCAGCUCUGGACAGCGGUUGAGAACAUGAGGGAUGGUGCAAUGUUAUCUUCACCUUCAUCUUCGAGUUCGGUGAAAGAUGAAAGCAUCAUACCGUCACACUUCACUUGUGCUAUAUCUCAUGAAAUCAUGAAGGAUCCUCACUUCGCAGAAGAUGGAUUCACCUAUGAAGGUGAUUUAAUCCGGAAAUGGCUUCAAAAUAAUAACAGAUCGCCGAUGACCAACAAACCACUUCAACACCGGAAGGUCAUCCCCAAUAACAGUCUCCGUUCUGCCAUUCAGGAAUGGCUCCAACAGCACAGCACGCUUCUGCAAUAAUCUUUCUGGCUGCAAGCUUUUGUUGCUACUGCCUCGAGUACCACCAUGGCGUGUUGAUGGGUGUUCCCUAAACCUUAAACCCUCGGCGAUGCCUAUGAAAAACUCUGCCAAGAAAACGAGCUAGCUAUGCCAUACCGGAAGUAGUGAUCACUGGAGUAGCUUACAUUCUUGUAAUAUUUUCUACUGUUAAAUCUGACCAAGCUAAGUGUUUCUUAACAUUUGGAUCAACUCUGAACUAUCCAUUUCAAUCCAUACAUGUGCCAUGACAUGUAUGCACAGUCA